AUGGCCAGAAGGAAGUCCCGGCGGGGCGCGGGGACCCGGCCUGGGGGCACGCAGCUGGGCCCCCUGCACACCUUUACGCUGGAGCUGCCGGACGCGGGCACCGCGGUGGGCGGGGAGUGGGGGCAGCGGCUGCUGGGCCGGGUGCUGUUCGAGGCGGCAGCGCCGCUGCGGUGCGAGCGCUUGUGGUGGCCGGGCGGCUACCCACUGGCCGGAGAGGCACAGCGAGGACGUGAACGCCGUGGCCAGCGACUUCACCCGCUGACUCCCACGCUGGAGGUGGCGGUGCGUGACCCCCCUCGUGACGGUGCAGCAGCCUCUGGGAUCCCCGAGUCCGCGCAGCUGGACUCCAGGAGUGUAUACGAGCCACGGCCACGGCCCUCGAGAACCUUUGGCCCAGUUCGGCAACGCCGGGUUUUUCAGGCCACGCCUCCCAGCCGCGCUAUUGGUGGCGCCUCUUCCGGGAGGCGCGGCUUUCUCUCAGGUCAUUCCUUCGCCGCCGCCCUAUUGGCUUCCAGGAGUCGCGGCUUUCCCCCUCUGGCCCCGCCCCCACCGGCGCUUUUGACGGAGCCUCUUCCGGGGGCGGCGCGCGUGGGCGCGCUCAGUCUGCGCGCUCGGGGCCGUGCGCGCGCACACUGGACCGAGUCGCGCAGCGCGGGCUCCAGCACCGCGUACACGCAGAGCUACAGCGAGCGCGUGGAAGUCGUGAACCACCGCGCCACGCUGCUCGCGCCAGACUCGGGGAACAUUGCCACUCUGCCCGCCGGACGUCACGAGUUUCCCUUCAGCUUCCAGCUGCCUAUCUCCCUAGUGACAUCCUUCGAGGGCAAACACGGCAGCGUCCGCUAUUCCAUCAAAGCCACCCUGCAUCGGCCCUGGGUUCCCGCACGCCGCGCCCGGAAGGUGUUCACUGUCAUUGAACCCGUGGAUAUAAACACACCUGCCCUGCUGGAACCGCAGGCUGGAGCCCGGGAGAAGGUGGCUCGAUCCUGGUACUGCACCCAUGGACUCGUGACUCUCUCAGCCAAGAUCGACCGCAAGGGCUACACUCCGGGCGAGGUCAUCCCUAUCUUCGCGGAGAUUGACAAUGGCUCCACGAGACCUGUGCAGACCCGCGCCGCCCUGGUACAGACACAGACCUUCAUGGCCCGAGGUGCACGCAAGCAGAAGCGCGCUGUCGUGGCCAGUGUAGAUGGGGAGCCCGUGGGCCCUGGUCGCCGUGCGCUGUGGCCCGGUCGCGCGCUGCGCAUCCCCCCAGUGGGCCCGUCCAUCCUGCACUGCUGCGUGCUCAGUGUGGACUAUUCGCUCAAGGUCUGCGUGGACAUCCCAGGCUCCUCGAAGCUGCUGCUGGAGCUGCCGCUGGUCAUCGGCACGGUCCCCUUGCACCCCCUGGGCAGUCGAUCAGCCAGCGUAGGCAGCCGUGCCAGCUUCCUGCAAAACUGGGGCCUGUGCACCCAGUUGGAGGCGCCAGAGGCUCCUCCUGAGUACUCAGAGGUGGUGAGGGACAGCCCGCUGCCAACUGCCUCACUGGGGCCCUUUCCCCUGCUGCGGGACCCGGGUGUGACCCUGGAAGGGCCCUAUUUUGCCUGUCUCCAUGAGUUCCGCUACCGCCCGCCUCCACUGUACUCUGAGGAGGAUCCUAACCCACCCUCAGAGGCUGUGAGGCCACGCUGCAUGACCUGCUGAUGUGUGAGUGGACACCUCGGUACAAGGUUCACAUUUCUCUGGCCACUGCAGUCCAGCUGUCUGCUUUGAGAAAACAGGAGGCCGAGUGUCUUCUGCCAUCGCACAGGACUGAGGAGCAGCACAUGACUUCUGUGGACUAGUGUCCUCCUGAGGCUUCCAGUUCUCUGUGUUUGACCAGUGCUAGAUCCCUAGAGGGUUACAGUCUGGGAGAGAUGAAUCUGGGAGAAGCCAGAACCAGACGGAAGGCCAAAGGCCGGCAGAGGGAGUUUCAGCGAGGCUGUGGCAUUGAGGAGCUCAGCACGCAGACAGAGGAGAUGGUCUGAGCUCAUAGUCCCACGUCUGCAACCUAGGGGCAGGAGCCCAGGUAUGCAGGCGUCUUAAAUAUGGCCACACUGUAAGGUGAGCAGGACAGAGGGCCCAGGGGCAGACAUGUAAGGGGCAGUCAUUGAGGCUCUGUGGGACUUGAGGGUCCAGGGUUGCCAGUUUUUGAGGACUGGUGGCCCAGGUGAGUCCAGAGCCGCCCGUGUGAUCUGCCACAAGAAGCUCAGACCUUGCUCAGGGUAGAAUCCAGACAAGGACACAGCAGCCUGGCAGGACACCAAAGGGGCAACAGCUGUCUAGGAGCAACUGGGAAAGCCCCCUUCUUCACAGCCCUGCCAGGGACUUGCCAUGCCCACGUCUGAAGAACUCAUCACCCUUUGUACAUUAAAAAUGAAUAAAUAAAAACGGGAAAGACUG